AUGGCCUUCGUGCCUGUCGGAGACGUUCACGAAAUGUUCGGUUUUCUCUUAGCAUCUGAUUUCGUUCGAGAGAACAUCGAAGUGCUCACAAAGUUCAUAGAUUAUUUUGAAGGCACAUGGAUCGGCCGCGAACGGCAUCCCCCCAUAAUGAAACAUAAAUGGUGGAAUUACGCUGUCGCUAUGAGUAGUAUGCGCCGGACGAGUAAUGAUAUUGAGGGCUGGCAUUCUGCGUUUGCCGGUCGCUCGGGUGCUCAGCAUCCCUCCUUUUCCAAACUCGUGAAAUGCCUGAAAGUUCAACAAGGCAAGACAGAAUUCAUAGUGUCGAAUUCGCAGGCUCAAGGUCGAAUCAACUCGCGGAAGAAGAUUUACAGGGACCGGACGAAACGUUUGAAAGAAGUCGUUGAGUCGUAUGAGAAACGUGAUCCUCUUAAGUAUCUGAUAACGAUCGCACACAGCAUUCGUUUCUAG